AUGGAUCUCAAUUCCACUUCGGAGGAAGACGAGGAUGAUAAAUUCGACGAUGACAAAGGAGAUGAUCAUCAUGACGAUGAAACUGAUGAUGAUGAUGAUGAUCUGGGUGGAGAUGGUGUUGGUCUUUGGUCGGGGAUGAGGCUCACACGGGCGAUGUUCCCUGAACAGUCUCAAGGUGGGGAGGAGAACAUUGAUGUUGAUGCAACAAUUGCAUCUGCUGUUAAAGCUGUGGAGAAUUUGAUUGGUUCCUCAACUCAUGCCCCUGCUCCCCCUUGCUUCGGUGCAUCUAAAUCGAGUUCAUCCUCGGUUUCUCCUGAUGAUUCUGUGUAUAAGGUCGUUAAAUAUGUGCGUGGUUUGUGCCCGUUGGACAACAAGAUUGGUGAACCUGUCGAUCCGCAAUUGGAAGCUGAGUUUGUCAAGUGGGUUGAUACAGGUCUUAGAAAGCAUAAAUCUAACACAACAACUAAUGUGUAUUGUAAGGGUAAGGACACUAUAUUUCCGCCAUUUCGUUUUGGUGUUGAGGACAUCAGCAACAAGAUGUGGUUUCACAACCUUGCCUACCCUAAUUGUUUCCUUACCAAUUCUCACAUUGACAUCAUUUUCUAUUAUCUUCGUAAGAAAAUAAUGUACUCAGCCGAGCCGAAAAUCAAAGUCACCACAACUGAUUGCCUCUUUUGUUCUAGCAUAACAACUUUGUAUGAGAGGUUUGUUGAGAAAAACAACGAUAUAUCGGUGUUGUCUCUUUCUCACAAUGUGGCCCAGUACAUUCAAGGUGGUAAGAUAUUAUGUGCCACUCCUUGGCAUUUGGUUGAUCAUGUUGUUAUGCCUAUCAAUGUAAAAUUACAGGAUCAUUGGAUUUGUGGUCGUCUUAACAUAGUUGAUAGGCGCAUAUAUCUGUACAAUUCAUUGCGUUCUGGGAGGUAUAUGACUGCUGCCAAAGAGGCUUGCAAGCCUUUCUCUGUUAUUUUACCAUAUUACUUCUCUAUGUUAGACUUCAAAGGCCUUCGCAACGAAACUAAGUUUAGCACUAUGGAACCGUUCCCUACUGUUGCUGUUGAUGGUUUACCCGAGCAGGUCACAGCUGAUUGUGGUGUUUUUGUUGCAUCAUUUGCUGAGUAUUUCAUUGAUGGCAAACCCAUCCCAUCCUCUGAUUUUGAUGUGGAAAUUCACCGCGAUCGUUUGGCUGCUUUAUUUUAUCAAUAUGGGAUGAAGAAGCAAACUGAGAACAUUGAAAGUGAAUCUGAGGCCCCUCCCAGCCUUCCCAAGAAGUGAUUUGUUUUUUCAAUCAGAAUGUCAUUGUUCUUAUAGUUUUUUAAUGUUGUUUUAAUAUUUUUCAUGUUGUUUUUCGUAAACAAACAUUGGUGUUCUGUUGUUUUUCCUUACGUUUUGUGUGGACAAUAUGUAAUCUUUUAUUUUUGUAUGUUUUUUCUUAUUAUUUUUAUGUACAAACAAGUUGGUAUGUUAAAGUUGUUUGUUUUUUCA